UCAUGUACCUUGCCCAUAAAGGAUCUUGUGCAACAGUAGCUACAUUUUUUGGAGUGGGCAAGUCUACUGCUUACAGGGCAAUAAUUCAUGUCUUCCUUUGCAUGGAGACACAUCUGCUCCGUAGAGCUGUCUACCUUGGAGACCACAGAAAGGUAAUGGCUGGUUUUGAGCGGCUAGGAUUUCCACAGGUGGUUGGGGCAAUAGACGGCUGUCAUAUUCCUAUAAUUGCACCUGCUCAUGAGGGCGCGCAAUACAUCAAUCGGAAGCAAACGCACUCCAUGAUUCUGCAGGCGACAUGUGACCAUAACGGAAUUUUUUUGGAUCUUUUCACCGGAUUCGCUGGGUCCAAUCACGAUACGUUUCUCCUGAAAGAAUCCCCCAUUUAUCACGCACUGAAGGCUGGAAUUUAUGUACCCGGGCGUCCGACUGUGACUAUUGCUGGAAAACGAGUUGGCCCAAUUCUGCUUGGAGACGGUGGUUACCCGAUAAAACCUUUCUUGCUGAUCCCUUUCAAGGUGGGACACAGCAAAAGGGAGGGGGUGUACAACAGAAGACUGUCAAAAGCUCGUUGUAUCGUGGAGAGAAGCUUUGGGAGAUUGAAGUCGAGAUUUCGUGCCCUGCAGUGCGGGCUCGAUCUCACGGUGGAUAACUUACCAUCAGCAAUUCUUGCUGGUGGCAUUCUCCACAACAUUAUUGAAACCAAUGGGGAGGUUCUAAAUGGAAGGAACACUUCUCCAGAGUCAUUUGUUAUAGACCCACGACGUUACAUCAGUGAUGAUGAUGAGAGGAAAUUGGGGGAGGGAAUAAGAGAUGCCUUUGUGACAUAUUUUAAUUCAUAAAUUUUAUACUUAAGAAAUGGCUAUGAAAUACUGUCAUGGCUGGAAUAUGCAUCAAUGAAAAGUGUUCGUAUAUACUGUAUAUCAAUAAAUCAUUACAUCAAAUGUCA